GAUGGCAAUCCGUUCCCUAAGGUAUGUUGUGGCCAGCAGCAUCGGUGCCAGCGUGCCGAAACCUGUGACGUGCAUCGGUGUGCAGCAGCAGCAUAACAACAUUGCAAGAUGCAUCACAACCCAGCUGGCUGGAGGUUCCGUUGGCAUGUCCUGCUGGUCCGGCCAAAGCGUACGUUUCUUCAGUGGGCUGCAGAGCGAAGCGACCACACGGUUCGAUCGGAUCGUGGCAGAACGUAACAUCUGUGCCCCGAAAGUGCACACGAUGGUAAACGCACGCACGUUGGCAACGCAGGAAAUUACACGCAGCAUUCAACUGUUCACCGAUAAACCGAGAAGCAUCGAAAAGGAUCAACAAACUCUACGGCUGAAGGAACAGUGCGAUAAGCCGGCGGUGCUGAUUAUCUCGUGGCUGAAUGCCCGCCAAAAGCAUUUGGCCAAAUACGCUCAGCUAUACAUCGAUCAAGGGUUCGAUGUGUUCGCAACGCACAUCACACCCUGGCAGCUGCUGUGGCCCGUCAAGGGAACACAGCUGGUAGCAGCCGAGAUUGUAAAGUUUCUCAAGAACAACGACUUCAAGCACGGACUCAUCCUGCACGGAUUCUCCGUCGGUGGAUAUCUGUGGGGCGAGUGUUUGGUGCAUAUAGCACGCGAUCUACCAAACUAUCAGGUAGUGUUGGACCGUGUUAAUGGGCAGGUGUGGGACAGUGCGGCUGACAUUACCGAGAUAUCGGUCGGUGUGCCAAGAGCACUCUUCCCGAAGAAUCCAACCCUGCAGAGUGCUCUGAAGAAGUAUAUGCUUUAUCACAUGAAAGCUUUCCACGAGCCGGCCACGUCGCACUACAUCCGUUCGAGCCAGAUGUUCCACACGAAUCUGUUGCGCUGUCCGGCUCUAUUUUUGAUGUCGAAAACGGACCCCGUUGGUACGGUGGAGGCAAACACGCGCGUCAAGGACAGUUGGGAACAGAGUGGUGUUAAGACAACGGUUAAAUGUUGGGACCGUUCGCCGCACGUCGGCCACUUCAUGAAACAUCGCGAGGAGUACAUCGACGUGCUGUUCAACCAUUUGCGGCAGCUGAAUUUGCCCAGCCUGAAGCAGGAUGCGCUGCUGCGGGCCAAACUGUAGUAAGUUCACCGGCGCACACCAACGUUCCAGAAGCCCUGGACGCACUGUGAUACUUAC